AUGGAGUCAGAACUUAUAGCUCUUGAUACUGCAUGCACUGAGGCUGAAUGGAUUAAGAAUUUUUUACUUGAGAUACCUCUUGUGAACAAACCCAUACCAGCUUUUUCUAUUCAUUGUGACAAUGAGGCUGUUAUAAAUUUAGUAAGACAAGCUCAUACAAAUAAGAAAAUGAAUAGACACAUUCAAGUUAGCUAUAAGUCUGCGAGAAGCCUAUUAAAUAAGGAAGUUGUAUCCUUGGAUUUUGUGAAGUCUGAAAAGAAUAUUGCUGAUCAGUUGACCAAAGGUCUAUCUAGGAAUGCAAUCCUACAAUCCUAG